UUUCUCUCUCUCUCUCUCUCUACUACGCUUUUCCUUCAUCUACCAGGCCGUGUUCCGAUAGCCAAAAUUGAAAACAGUGCAACUCUGAUAUAAUCAGGCGUUGCUCCAGCGUAUAGACAGAGAGUCCGUUUCGCGUGCAUUGAUUCAUGAAUUGAGUGCUCGUGAAAAAGCUUUUGUAAAUUUCUCCGUUAGUCUUUAUUCUUUACUUCGUCUUUUCUGUUCCUAGGUAAACGGCUGGGAGAUAAUUAUAGAAUCUUCAUAAUGGAGUGCGUUGUUCAAGGAAUUGUAGAGACACAGGCAAGUUCAAAAACUAAUACUUGAGUUAUAAAUAAUCUUGGUCAUUAGAUGUUGUACCCAUACAUUGUAUUUUUUCCUAUGCUACUGAAGCAACUGAGAAAGCAUUUCGAGUUAUGAAGCUUUGAAAAGGAAAUGGGAUGUUUUAGCAAUGUGAAGGAGUGGAAGAGCUUUAGACUUGUUAAGAGUAGAGCAGAACUGAAGUCCACAUUCAGUGCAAAAAUUCAGAUUCAUGUUGAAGCCCUUGAAAUUCUUCUUCAAGGUCUAUGUGGUGUUCAUAGAGAACGUUUAAGGAUCCAUGAAAUGUGCUUAAAAAGUGGACCAAACCUAGGACUUGUAGCUUCAGAGGUUCGACUUUUAUGCGAUCUUGAGCAGCCUGAACCCGCUUGGACUGUUAAACAUGUGGGGGGUGCAAUGAGAGGUGCCGGCGCUGAACAAAUUUCUGUCCUGGUGAGGACCAUGGUAGAAAGCAAAGCAAGCAAGAAUGUGCUCCGCGUGUUUUAUGCACUUGGCUAUAAGUUAGAUCAUGAACUGCUAAGAGUGGGAUUUGCCUUCCAUUUUCAAAGAGGAGCUCAGAUUACCAUUACAGUGUCCUCAGUUAAUAAGAUGCUCAAACUGCAUGCAACCGAUGAGGCAGUGCCUGUGACCCCAGGCAUUCAACUGGUUGAAGUGACAGCCCCUGCAUCAUCUGAAAACUACACUGAAGUUGUUGCUGCAAUGUCAUCUUUCUGUGAAUAUCUUGCACCGCUUCUCCAUUUGUCAAAACCGGGUGUGUCUACAGGGGUUGUUCCUACUGCCGCUGCUGCUGCAGCAUCCCUCAUGUCAGAUGGUGGAGGUACCACCUUAUAGGAUGGUAUUAACAUGGUAAGUAUUAUGAAAAUCCUCUACUUGUUUUUUUUUCCUUAAAAAGCCCUUACUGUGCCACUAUAUUGUUUUAAUUAAUUCUGCCCCGUGCUGUACUUCAACUUUUGUUUAUCUUUUUCGUCGAGCUGUACUUUGACUGCUUGAAGGCCAUCAAAACCAAGGCAAAUCUUCUCUCUCAAUAUGUUUUAAUGUGCAGGUUCCGUAAACUUCGGCGUAAGGUGCUCAUGUGGCCUUCGCAAAAUACAUGUAUUU